AUGGCACCCGAUACGCCGUUCACAACCGUCGAAAAGGUAGACAUGGCCAAGGCCUGGAUCUACGGAAUCCGACCCUUUUUCAAGUAUGGAAAAUCUUUCAACCCGGCGCGCGACAUACCUCCUCAGACAGGCAGGGUAAUUCUCAUCACUGGCGGCGCUUCAGGAAUCGGAGCGGCAUUCGUCGCCGAGAUUGCGCGCCACUCGCCCGCCCAGGUCUGGAUUGCAGAUCUGCGUCCCGAGGCGGCCGAAAAGGUAAUCUCAGCCGUCUCGGCCGAGUGCCCCGACGUCCAGGUUCACUUUCUCCAGCUCGACCUGGGUGACGCCGAGUCGGUGAAGCGCGCUGCGGACGAAUUCUUGUCCCGCACAGACCGCCUCGACGUGCUCGUCAACAACGCCGGCAUCCUCCCCGCCAAGGGCUGGACCACCAAGGAUGGUUACGAGGCCAUGUUUGGCGUCAUGUUCAUCGGCCACGCCCGUCUGACCGAACUCUUGAUGCCUCGCAUGCUAGAGACCGCCGCCAUGCCCGGCACAGACGUUCGCGUUGUCUCCGUCUCCAGCGGCGGCCAUGGUGUCCACCCCAGACCAGACGGCGUGAGGAUGGCAGACGACGGCGCCCUGCUCAAGGAGCCCACCUGCGGCGGCAUGUCGUCCAUGCAGCGCUACGCCCAGAGCAAGCUGGCAGUACUGUUGUGGGUGCGCCGGAUGGCGAGGGAAUAUCCGGCCAUCACCAUCGUGUCGGCUCACCCAGGCACGGUGGCCACGAGUAUCGCAGACGAGCUUUCUGGCGGUAGCCUCAAGCCGCCGCCGUUCAUCGUCAAGCUUACGGGCACAAAGACGCCCCAGACCGGGGCUUACAACCAGCUCUGGUGCGCCACGGCUCCUAGGGAUCAGCUCGUCAGUGGCAAGUAUUAUUGUCCUGUGGGGAUUCCAGAUCAGGAGUUUGGCAUCGCGCAGAACAGGACAAAGAGUGACGAUUUGGAGGAGAAGUUGUGGGUCUGGUUGCAUAAGGAGUUCAAGGCGGAGAACUUGGCAAAGGUGGACGGUUAG